AAGGUGUUCUUGCGGAAACAAUAAGCGAGCGGACACAUCCGCUAAACACAAAGCUGGCGGCGCUGAGUUUUCACACGUUUGAAAUUUAAACCUUUUAUCCAUCGUAUGUUUUGGAAGCAUUUUUAAGUAAACGAUGGACCGCGGUUCGAUUGAACAGCUGGCAGAAGGAUCUUCCAUCCCCGGGAGGAAGAGGAAAGAAGACAAAAAGAAGAGCAGGAAGAGGUCCUCUUCCUCGUCGUCCUCCUCAUCCAGUUCCUCCAGCAGAAGCCGGAGUCCUAAAUCCUCCAAAUCAACUUCUCGCAAAAGCCAAGAUACUAAAACCAAAAAGAAAAGAAAACGAAGUUCCUCGUCAUCCUCGUCGUCCAGUUCAUCAUCCUCCUCAACUUCAAGUGAUGAAAAAGCGAAGCGGAAGAAAAAGAAGGCGAAAAAGAGGAAGUUGAAAAAAGAAAAGGCAAAGCUCAAAAAGCUAAAGAAGAAGGAGAAGAAGAAGGAAAAGAAAUUGGCCAAAAAAUUGGCCAAGAAGACGGAGGCUCCCAUCCCGCCCCCACCGGUGGCGGUGGAGGUGGUCCCGUCCUUCCUUGAGACCUGGCAGAGCGACGACGCAGCGGCGGAACUCGGGCCUGUGAUGACUGAUGAGCAGAAGGCCCGGCUGUCCACAAAGAGGCCCCUGACCAAGGAGGAGUACGAGGCCCGACAGAGCAUCAUCCGCAGGGUGGUGGACCACGAGUCAGGGCGCACCAGACUGGUGAGGGGAGAAGGGGAGAUCAUCGAGGAGAUGGUCACUAAGGAGAAACACAAAGAGAUCAAUAAGCAAUCGACCAAGGGAGACGGAAACGCCUUCCAGAAGAAGAUGGGCCUCAACCGGUAGACAGGAGGCCACGGGCUGAAGGCACUUCAAGAGGGCUGCCUCCCAAGCUGAUAUAGUUGUGUGUGUGGGGAGAAGGGCCCGGCCCUCGUAAUGGCCAGGCAGCCGCUCACGCCUAGUGUUGUCUAGUUAUGUCAGGGAGAUUAAUUCACUCUACUGCAGUGCAGUGCAGUGUGGUAAAGGUAGUUAUGUCAGAGGUAAAGUCACUCUACUGCAGUGCAGUAGUUUUACUGUUUUAAGUGCACUGUAUGACCGCCGCCUGGCUGAAACAUGCCAGCAGCCGAUCUGCUUUGAUGCCCGGAAUGCAGAUUAGCAAGCCUAGACACUUUAAAGAUGUCAAUCUUGUUACCUUGUUUUUUAACUUUUUUUUAAUGUUAAAUGAUAUUUUUUUUAUUCAACUAUAAGCUGUACAUUCAUAUGAACAACUUUCUGGGGGAAUGCUAUUUGAAGUCCUCAACAAGAAAUAAAACUAAUUUUCAGAAAUCAAAAA